AUGCGUUCAACUCAGCCAACGCCAUACUCGUACUCCUCGAGGACAAGGACAGCCGUCGACAUCGAAUUCCGUGAAUCGGUGUUCAGGCACUCAGCUGGUGGAAAGCUCUACGAACCGGCCUCGGACCUGGAUGCAAUUAGGCAUGUCAUUGAUUCUCUCACUACUGCGCCUGGACUUCCUAUCGCUGCCGCGAAGAUGCCCCACUUCCAGGGCACUAUGGGCUUCUACUUCAAGAGCGGCGACGACCUCUGUGGGGUUACGACCCGCCACGUUCUCUUUCCGGCGGAUGAGGUCAUUUCCGACUACACCUACGGUCCCAGGAGGCCUCUUGAGGAAGUCCUCCUCAUGGGCACCGAGGCAUGGGAUGACUACCUCAACGGAGAUCCACAGAGAGUUGAUCAGGAGUUUGGGAGGGCGGCAGGCGAUAGCCCUGUCGCUAAGAAGGCGAAGAAGGAGCUGACGAAGACUCGAGAGCUGCUGGGGGAGACGAUCAAUGAGCUUCACGAGCUUUAUGAGCAGACAAAGAAGGAAUUCGGUGAGCGGAGCCAGCGUAUGAUCGGCCACGUUGUCUGGUCGCCUGCUAUCACUGUCGGUACAGCUCCGCAUAGCUUCACCAAGGAGGUUUGCGUCGUCAAGCUCAACAAGGCCAGGUUUCUACCCAAGUUUAAGGGAACGUUAUCGACUUAG